CGUCACAGUUGAGACUGUUCGAGCUGUUUAUGGAAAACUCUGGAAGUUUCCACGCAGUUUAUAAAGAAAAUACACGGGGCACAGCGCACUAUGCUGGGACAAGAGUACUGACUUCAGGACGUGCUCUGUAAGUGCUCCAACAGCCGGCUCCGGACUGCUGUAAUAUAAACAAGCCACUGGAUGGUCAAAAUGGGUAAAGACUACUACGACAUUUUGGGAAUUAAGAAAGGAGCGUCGGAGGACGAUAUAAAGAAAGCUUAUCGUAAGCAGGCUCUGCGCUUUCACCCCGACAAAAACAAGUCCGCGGGAGCCGAGGAGAAGUUCAAGGAGAUUGCUGAAGCUUAUGACGUUUUGAGCGACCCAAAGAAAAAGGACAUAUACGACCGUUAUGGUGAAGAAGGUCUGAAAGGCGGAGGCAUCCCAGGUGGUGGUGGUGGUCCUGGCAACUUCAGCUACAGCUUCCAGGGUGACCCGCAUGUCAUUUUCGCAGAGUUCUUUGGUGGACGCAAUCCCUUUGAACAGUUCUUCGGUGGCCGCAAUGGAGGCAUGGAUGAGGACAUGGACACUGAGGACCCUUUUGCCCGCUUUGGGAUGGGGGGCGGUGGAAUCGGGGGGUUUCCUCGCUCCUUCAGCUCCGGCAUGGGAGGAAUGGGCCCUCACACUAGUGUUGUAAAGAAGCACCAGGACCCUCCUGUGGUUCAUGACCUCCAGGUGACCUUGGAGGAAGUUCUGUCGGGUUGCACAAAGAGAAUGAAGAUCUCUCGUAAAAGGCUGAACCCCGAUGGGCGAUCAGUAAGGGUAGAGGAUAAAAUCCUGGAGGUGCAGAUAAAGAAGGGCUGGAAAGAGGGCACGAAAAUCACGUUUCCCAAAGAGGGCGACGAGACUCCCACGGUUAUUCCAGCUGAUGUGGUUUUUGUGUUAAAGGACAAGCCACACCCAGUAUUCAAACGUGAUGGCUCGGACAUCGUUUACACAGCAAAGAUUUCACUCAGAGAUGCCUUGUGUGGCUGCACAGUCAACGCACCCACACUGGACGGCAGAACGGUGACUGUGUCAACAACAGAUAUCGUGCAGCCAGGGAUGAAACGACGCAUUAGUGGCGAGGGGCUGCCCUAUCCCAAACGCCCUGAUCGUCGAGGGGACCUAUUAGUGGAGUAUGAGGUCAAGUUCCCAGAACGGCUCAGCCAGAGUGCCCGGGACACCAUCGCUCAGGUCCUGCCGCGAUCUUAAACAAGACCAAGGGAUGUCCAGGAUUUCAUAAUAAGGACACUAAGCUGCCAACUAAUUUCAUGUCAGUCAUCACAUGGACAUUUCAUGUGGUGUUACAAAUCACAUCAGACAAUGAAGCACAGACUUGUGAGACAGCUGCGUGCACACUGUCAACCAUAGUGUAAAAACCACCUUGGGAAAGUGCUUGUUCUGAAUGACUGCAGCAUUUCACGGGGUUGAAUGUAAAUAUGACCAAUAUUGUUUGGUGUUUGAUUUACUGAAUAAGAUUAUAUUUUGAUGAAAAAAAGUAGAUUAUAUAAAAUAUAUGUACUAUUUUCUGCAGGACCUGUUUUGUUGGAAUUAAAGGUUCUCUCUGAGAGAUUUUUUUUUUUGUAUUACAUUGCAACAUGAAGAUUGAAUUGUUUACACAGUUAAGAUGGAACACUUAUAAAGUGUAUACUGAUGGAGAAAGAGAUUCAUGGACUGCUCACGCAGUGAAAAAUAGCAACUUUACAUUCAAGUGAAAAGUUGUGGGGGAACUGAUGUAACACAAGCAUCGUUAUGAAAAGAACAAUAAAGAAAUGAAAACUGCCUGGUGCUGUAAACGUU